CAAGUCUGAACAUAUCGCAGCGAGCGGCUUGUCAGUCAAGGAGCAGCGCCCCUCGUCGGGCAGCAGCCCUUGCCCAACGUCCCCCUGUAACUUCAAUGCGCUGAGAGAGCCAACGACCAGUUAUUCGCCAACUCAUCCAAGCCAAUCAAAAAAAACAACGACCAGAGGAUGAUUUACUGACAUCGCUCCACCUUCUCAAACUAUUUAAAUACUCCCUGCAGAGAGACCUGUCACUAAGUGCGAUAACAGAUUGGAGGCUGAAAAAGUAGCGAGCUUGAAUUCAUUAUUACUGUUAUUUUCUAAACAGUACAGAAGAAAAACAAAUUAACCAGGAACCAUGGCUAAUAACGACAAACUUGCAAACGCAGCAGCUCAAGGGGACAUUGGCAAGGUGAUGAAAAUGGGUUGUCCGGCCGUUUGUCGGCUUCUCCUGGAACACGGAGCAGACCCCAACCGGCAGGAUAAUCAGCAAAUCGCAUUAAUCCACGAUGUGGCCAGGGAAGGCUUCUUGGACACGCUGAAAGUCCUGGUAGAAUUCGGGAUGGCUGACACCAAUCUCCGAGACAAAAACAACUGUCUUCCCAUCGAUCUGGCAAAGCAAAAUAACCACUGGGAAGUGGUGAAAUACCUAGGUAAUCUGAAGCAAGGCGAUUGAGUGGCUGUAUUUUUAUAGGGGGAAGACAUCUUUAUUUUAGUUUUGAUUUUCAGAGGUACACUGGAUGGCAAGGACAUUUUAAAAACAUUUUUGAUAUUGUUAUAAGUGUACAGAUUCUAAAUAAAAAUACUGUAAAUACAACAAAGAUGUUUUAGGAAUUAGUAUAUAGAGGCGCAGAUGGAACAUUUACAGUAACAUCUUUCGACAUGUUAUUUGUAGAUAAAUCACUACGUUUACAAUAAUAAGACAUGAUUGUAGCUUAUGAUUUCUAAAAAUAAAUCUCCUACAUUACUCAACCAAACUCCGGGCACUUUUCCUUACCUCUCUUUCUGCCAUCCCAUUUCCUAAUACCUCGCCAUUUCCUUUUAAGGCGCGUUUUUAUGCCUAAUUUAGGUUGACAUGGUUUUCCAGUGUCUUUAAUAGCUGCAAUAACUAGUCUAUAGGGCUGGUUGGACCCAAGAGUUUGACUGGCUUUUAUAAUUUCUAUGUACAGUCUUUUUACUGUAACCUGUAAACGCUGCUGAU